CCGGCGCGCGCUGUUUCCGGAAGUCGCCGCCGCGGUCUCCGCCGCCGCCACCUCCGCUGCCUGCUGCUGCGGUCCCCGCGGAACUUUGCGAGUAGAACGGCUGAGGCGGGCCCCGGGCGGGGCCGCGGUUCUGGCCACUCUGCAGAAUGGAGAUAAUCAGGAGCAAUUUUAAGAGUAACCUUCACAAAGUGUACGAGGCCAUAGAGGAGGCCGACUUCUUCGCCAUCGAUGGGGAGUUUUCAGGAAUCAGUGAUGGACCUUCAGUCACUGCACUAACAAAUGGUUUUGACACUCCAGAAGAAAGGUAUCAGAAGCUUAAAAAGCAUUCCAUGGACUUUUUGCUGUUUCAGUUUGGCCUUUGCACUUUUAAGUAUGACUACACAGAUUCAAAGUAUAUAACAAAGUCAUUUAACUUCUAUGUAUUCCCGAAACCUUUCAAUAGGUCCUCACCAGAUGUCAAGUUUGUUUGUCAGAGCUCAAGCAUUGACUUUCUAGCAAGCCAAGGAUUUGAUUUUAAUAAAGUUUUCCGCAAUGGAAUUCCAUAUUUAAAUCAUGAAGAAGAAAGACAGUUAAGAGAGCAGUAUGAUGAAAAACGUCUGCAGUCCAAUGGUGCAGGAGCUCUGUCUUAUGUAUCUCCAAACACUUCAAAAUGUCCUGUGACAAUUCCUGAGGACCAGAAGAAGUUUAUUGACCAAGUGGUAGAGAAAAUAGAAAAUUUACUACAAAGUGAAGAAAGCAAGAACUUGGAUUUAGAGCCAUGCACUGGGUUCCAAAGAAAACUAAUCUAUCAGACUUUGAGCUGGAAGUAUCCCAAAGGCAUUCAUGUUGACACUUUAGAAACUGAAAAGAAGGAGCGCUACAUCGUCAUCAGCAAAGUAGAUGAAGAAGAGCGUAAGAGGAGGGAGCAGCAGAAACUCGCUAAGGAACAGUUUUCUCGGUUUGUUUCUCUAAAUCAGGAAGAACUGAAUGAUGCUGUGGGAUUUUCUCGAGUCAUUCAUGCCAUUGCCAAUUCGGGAAAACUCGUUAUUGGACACAAUAUGCUCUUGGAUGUCAUGCACACAGUUCAUCAGUUUUACUGCCCACUGCCUGCGGACUUAAAUGAGUUUAAGGAGAUGACAACAUGUGUUUUCCCCAGACUCUUGGAUACAAAAUUGAUGGCCAGCACACAACCUUUUAAGGAUAUCAUUAACAACACAUCCCUUGCAGAAUUGGAAAAGCGGUUAAAAGAGACGCCUUUCAACCCUCCUAAAGUUGAAAGUGCAGAAGGAUUUCCAAGUUAUGACACAGCUACUGAACAGCUCCACGAGGCAGGCUAUGAUGCUUAUAUCACAGGGCUGUGCUUCAUCUCCAUGGCGAACUACCUAGGUUCUUUUCUUAGUCCUCCGAAAAUUCAUGUGUCGGCUAGAUCAAAACUCAUCGAACCUUUUUUUAACAAGUUAUUUCUUAUGAGAGUCAUGGAUAUCCCCUAUCUAAACUUGGAAGGACCAGACUUGCAACCAAAACGUGAUCAUGUUCUUCAUGUGACAUUCCCCAAAGAAUGGAAAACCAGUGACCUUUACCAGCUUUUCAGUGCCUUUGGUAACAUUCAUAUAUCCUGGAUUGAUGAUACAUCAGCAUUUGUUUCUCUCAGCCAGCCGGAACAAGUACAGAUUGCUGUCAAUACCAGCAAAUAUGCAGAAAGCUAUCGGAUCCAGACCUAUGCCCAAUAUGUGGGGAAAAAACGUGAGGAGAAGCAGAUCAAGAGAAAGUGGACAGAAGAUACUUGGCAGGAGGUUGAGAGAAAACGGUUAAACACUCAGUGCAUAUCCUAUGCUCUGCAGAAUCACUACUACCACACCAACAGUCUUACAGCGACCAGCACAGUAGGAAAGAGAAACUUGAGUCCCAGCCCAGCCGAGGCGGACUUGGAGGCCAGAAUAUCAGGGGAGAUUUCGGACACCGAGCUCGAGCAGACUGAGUCCUGUGCAGAAUCCCUCUCUGAGGGAAAGAAGAAGGCCAAGAAAUUAAAAAGAAUGAAGAAGGACCUUUCACCAGCAGGAGCCAUCCCGGACAGCCCUGCCAAGCUCUUCGAAGUUCCCGACACGUGGUAACCUGGGCCUGAGGGAAACACAUCGCUGGUGCUGUGGCUGCAGAGGAACCAGCCAGCACAUUCGGAAGCCAUACUGUAUUUAAUUUAAUAAAAUGUGGUAUGGGAGGCGUUUGAAACCAAGUAUGUGUCCUGGAAAAAAAAACAAAACACAACAGUUUUUAUUUUCAUGGCUGUGUCUCUCUUCUUCCCUUUUAAUGUAAAGUGUCUGCUGACACUCAGCACGGUUGUAAGCUGUCGUGAAUGUGCACAUUAUGAACCAGUUGAUUAUUUGUUGCUUGUGUGAAGCCUUUGCUUUCAUGACUUUUAGCACAUUUAAGAAUCCACACGACGGGGAAUGUCGGCUGUGAAAUAAGCAAAGAGCCAGCAUCCUUGGGCACGGUGAUCAGAGUUUUGGGUUGAAGUCUUUCUCGCUUCAAGGGGUUCUCUCCUGAUUCGGGGGCCUCCCAACGGAUGGGGAGAUCACUCACCUCUGCCCACUUCCCCCCAUAGCUGCCUGAAAAUCCUCAGCGCUCAAGCCCAUUUUUCCAGUAGGAAAACAUCUCCUGCUGUCCACCUGCAAAGGAGCUUACCCUUUGCCUUGGCCUUCGGGCCAUAUCUGUUUAGAGUCCUUUUUCCUAAGAUGUGAGUUCCUCACGGCGGACUGUACACGUCCAAAAAGUUCACUUCUGUUUUUCCAUGAGUGCUGUGUCCACUUUCCCCUGUCUCCGCCUGCUCGUCAUCUCUGAGUGUGUGCCUGGGACUGAGGUGGCACAUGUGUGUGCGUGUAUGUGUGCGUGAAAUCACAAGUGACAUGUACCAGCCUUUUCUCUGUUGAAACUGAUCCCAACAGUGACAGAAUUUCACAGAUCUACUUCAGUAGAUCUUCAUAUAGAUCAUUGUUAGAUAUUUAACAUUUUUUGUAUAAUGGAAAUAAAAAAUGAAACAUGUAUUUCCAAAAGAUGAAAAUUAAAGGAAUUUUCAUAGGA